AUGUAUCAUGUUGAUUUGAAUUCGAAACGAUACUUUUCCGGAUAUAGCCUAGAGGAUGCCGAUGCCGAAAAUAAUAUCGUCACCACAUCAGGUCAGAAAAAUCUCCAUACUAAGCCGACAAUUGUUAAUGCUGAUAAGGAAAUAGUCAAUAUUAAUGGUCAACAAAAUCAUAAUAAUCAACAACCAAAUCAUCAAAGCCAACAACAUCACACCCUCUCUACACCGCCUGUGCGAAUCAUAAAUUCAAGUGGUCGUCGUCCUGGUCGUCCGAGCGUCAAUCUCAAAACAAAAUAA